CAUUGUACAAGAAAAACAUAUAUUUUUGGGUUUACAUGCCCUUUAACACCGAGUCACACAACGCUUGACGCUUUCAAAAAUUUCUGGAGACCUGAGCUUGGGCCGCCUGGAGCUGCAUAUGUACAACUGUUGUCUAGGGACCGUGAGAAAAGGAGUUGAACGGAAAAUUUCUGAGGAGUCCAGUGAAACGAAAACCUUUUGGAUGAUUCCGCUAUCAUAUGAGUGAUACACAUGACUAGUUCCACAGCAUAAUAUUAUUUAAAUUCGAGAAACUUGCUUACUUCAGCAUGUCGUCGCAUCCGAACAGAACAACAGCAAUGACACAGCCAAGCAUUUAACUGAGUUGGAGAAUCGCGUAAAAUAGCCCAUCAAAAUCUAGUAAAUUCAAUCGAUAUGUGAUUAACGUUAAGCAGCAACAUGCAAUGCCCAAUGCAGGCUUCCUCGAUCAUCAAACUCAACGUCGGCGGUCAUUACUUCACCACACGUCUUCAAACACUGACCAAAGAUCCAAACUCAAUGCUAGCCGGCAUGUUUUCAGAGAGAUUUGAAGAGAAAUUAGGCGAAGACGGCGCUUUCUUCAUCGACCGAGAUGGAUCUCACUUCCGGUUUAUACUCAAUUACUUGCGCACAGAGGAAUUAACUUUACCCGUUGGGGCAACUUUUCUUGAGGAACUUAAGAAAGAAGCUGAAUUUUACCAGAUCCAAGGAUUGAUAGAUGAAAUAAAUAAGUCAAUGAAGGGCGUCGUUAAACUUAAUGUCGGUGGUCACUACUUCACCACAAGUCUUCAAACACUGACCAAAGAUCCAAAUUCGAUGCUGGGCACAAUGUUUUCUGGGAAAUACGAGACGAGAGCCGGGGAAGAUAGCGCUGUUUUUAUCGACCGAGAUGGAACUCACUUCCGGUUUAUACUUAAUUUUCUGCGCACUGGGAAACUAACUUUGCCGGAAGGAGCAACAGCUCUCGCUGAAUUCAAAGAAGAGGCUGAUUUUUACCAGAUUCUGGGGAUAUUAGAUGAGCUAGAUGAUACAAAGCUGAAGUCGGAGAUCCUGACAGACGAAGGACAACAAAACCUGUUGUUAAGCUGGUUGCCUCCUCACGGUGACGUGAGAAGACGUCGCCUCCGUCUUUUGUUCCGUGCUUCUCGAGACGGCUUCGCGGCAAAUACCUUUCACGACAAAUGUGAUAACAAAGGACCCACAAUCGUUCUUGUGCAGAGUGGAAAUUAUGUUUUUGGAGGAUUCACGGAGAAAUCUUGGAUGUACAGUCAGGGAGGUUACACCAUCUGCACACAAGCGUUCCUGUUCAGUUUGGCCAACCCAAGUGGUCUGGAACCAACCAAAUUACCACUUAAGAGUAACAGCCAUCAGUAUGCUAUUCUCUACAGUAGCAGCAACGGGCCAACAUUUGGCUGCGGUUGCGACCUCCGCAUUGCAGAUGAUGCAAACACGUCUCCUUCGAGCUCUAGUUUUCUCGGCCAUACAUACGAGAUUCCACCAGCAUGGAAUAACACAUCGUCCUUAGCAGGAGGAAGAAACUUCGUGGUAACGAACUACGAAGUGUUUGGAUUCCAACCCUGACUCAAAACGGAUCAUACGCAGGCAAUAUCUGGGACUUUGUGUAGAUCAAGAGCUAAUGAAUCCAAUUUGUUUUCUUGGCAUAAAUUGUCAGGGAAUAAUUUGCUUAAAACGGCUUUUUUUUUUUAAAGGAAAAGCGCUUCAAUGUCUCUGGUCCGAGACAUGAAGUCACUGAGAAAAACUGCUUAUUCGUACUGAAUCCUGUUUAGGACAGAUUGGCGAAAAAUUAUAGCCCCGCUUACGACAGAAUGGUGCAAAAACCAACUUUGUCCCAACUCUGUAUUCUAGCAGUUGCCUCUAUACCCUCUACGAGGAUGUAACCACCGGCAGGUUUUUUUUAUAUAACAAGGCCGGAUUCUUAUCUCCAACCUAUUUAUCAGGUCAGGCCGGGGAUUGCGGGUAAUCACGUAUCGGUCUUUUUGUACGUAGUAAGAGAUUAGGAUUUUUAGUAUGUAUACACGAUUCAACAACCAGAGGCACCUUUUAACAUGUGGUGUUAAACUUUUAUCAUUUUUUUGAAAACGUGAACUGGUAUAUUGCGAGAAAGAAAUUCGCGGAUAUCAAUAGCCCACUACCCUCUCCUCCCUGGUCAGGCCUGAUUAACAGACCCAUGUUUCUACCUUGGAGCGUAUUAUUUGCAUAAAUCUCCCUACCUGAUUUAAUACAUUUAGGAAAUCAAUCUUCUGAAUGCAAGAAUUGACUGGGGAUGAUAAAACACAAAUAAAUAGAUGAACAAAUAGAGAUAUAUGCCUGUUGAGCGCUGACCAUGUGCAGAUGCUUAUUCGACACCAUAUCAUUUAUUUUCCGAUCGUUAAAUUGCUAUUAAAAU